UGUGUUCCAGGGGUGGGCACGAAUUUCAAUCCCGCAAAGUGCAAACAAUGUAGGAACUACAAAACCAUUUUUUACAAACGUCUAGUAGCGAACUACUCUUGUAUUUCUUAUGCACGGGGUGCUAUAAUAAGCCUUUGAAGUGCAGACUAGAAGUAAUUUGUGACACACUCUUUGGAAGCAAUGUUUGUGUUCGGGAAAUGGACGAGUUUAGCGAUUGACCAAAGCUGUUUGGAAUGUCAACCAUUUGAUGUGCUUUAGACCGAGCGUAAGGUUCAAUUCUACUCGUCUGCUUUUGUAGACAUAAAUUGUUGGUCUACAAAAUACAGGGUUCAAGGGAAGCAUUAAGAUGUUCGAAAGUUGGUGAUAAUUUUGUUCGCAUUGCGAAAUUUACGAAUUUGGAUUCAACGCUCUGGAUUCAAUUCAUCAUUGGAAUAUUUCGUAGUUGGCGAAUCGGUACAGCGUAACUGAAAUUACGGGAUUUUUAUCGAAUUACAGACACUGGCCCUCAACAUACCAAGGAGUAAGAACAGUACUUUGUAAUCGGUAAAUUCAGUCUCUUAUUUUUUAGACAUUACGUCAGGAAAACAAUUGAAAAGAAAUACAAAUUUGUACUGUUGAUUCUGAGAGAAAUCAACAACGAUUUUUAUGAUGGGGGAUCGAGAUUUGCCCAAGAAAACUAGACCCCAGCCUUAUGUAGGAAACAGUCAGCAAAUGCUAAAGGAAAUCAGAGAAAGUUUAAAACAUCUACCAAGACAGCAGCAAGGACAGCAACCAACUGGCGAUGUAAGAACUUCUGGUGCUACGACUUGUAUUACACCGGUCACAACACAAUUGAACAGAGGACAACAGAAUCGUGUAAAUGCCAAUGGCAAAGCUAGAGCUUUAGCCGAAAUUCGUAAUUCGCUAGAACCGUAUGCUGCCUGCGAAUCGGGAUAUUCAUCAUGUACGGAAAGCACAGCUCAUCUAGAAAACAUCAACAAGCAACUAAACCACCAACUUAUGGCGAUCGGUUACGAUCAGGAUGCCGCUGCUUAUGCACUAAAAGUGACACCAAACCACAGUGUGGAAGAUGCUAUUGACAUGUUAAAUUCCAUCGGAGUAUAUCCGCAGAGGCGGGAACACAGCCCUAACAGGAGUCCCAUCAUGGCUCCACACCAACUGAAAUCUCCACCACCUUAUAACUCAUUUCAUCGCAGCUCCUGGAAGGGAUCUCAGGGCUCAACGGACUCCUUGAAUAGUAACCCACGCCGAUCAGAAUCACCAUUAACACAGGAUGCCACACUGCAGGGAAGUCCCCUGCGGCAUCCAUCGCCAAACACCAGUCAAACGUCCAAUCAGGAAAUGCCUAAUGUGGAAUGGAAGAUUUCAAAACUUGUUCCUCAACAAUAUACUGGCAGUAUUCAAACUCGUCCUACUCCUCCAUUCACACAAGUGCGGCAAUGUUUGAUGCAAGAUGGUGUACCUAAGCAAAAUGUCCAUCCGAGUAUGCAGGGUGGAUGGCGACAGUCAACUACACCUAAGUACUCCAUGUCAUCCCAAGGCCAGGGAUUGCCUUUUCAACGGACUACAGUUGUCACAGCACAGCAAAAUUCUUUACCACCGCCACAGUUCCAGGUAACUGCCCAAGUGAGUCUGCCACCAGCAAAUGCAUCUCAAAAUGAGAGGGGUGGAGCAGGAAUGGUUUCUAGUUCAGCUUCUAAUGUCUCAAGGACAACAGCAAGCCCGAUGUCUUUUCAUGUACAAGUUCACACUAACUUUCCAUCAAACUCAUCUAGUGGAAGUUCAACUAUUGCACCUGUUCAGCCUCAACGCAUGCAAAAUAGUCAUGGAAGCAGGGAGGGAUCUGGAGAUUCUCAAAAUCGUAGAAGAUCUCCUGUUCCAAAAGGAUACUAUGGAUCCCCACAGAUUAUAUCCUCAAAUUUUCAACCACCACCAGCUUAUGCCCCUCAACCUCCAACACGGCCUCUGUCUGGGGCAACAUCUGGUAUUGGUUCAGACACAACUUCACAGUUAGGAUGCUCUUCUUUGUCAAGUGUGUCAAGCCAGUCAUGUCUGUCUUCGCCGACUGUCCCAGAGGGCUGGCGUAAUUCCUGGAACACUGAGACAUCAUCAAACCAUUCCUCCAUGAGUGAUGAUGUGCCCUGGUUUGACUCAGGCCCACCGUCACCAUCUGAAUUCUCCUCUUUGCAAGAUAUGUCAGGUCCAAUAAUGUCUACAUCAAUACGCAACAUGGGCGGGGCUAUUAUUAAUUACCAGCAGCCUCAGGCAAGGGGAUACAGGCAGGAGGAGCUAAGUAGUAAUGAGCCUAUGGACAUCGAUAUGGACUACCCAUGUACUUCACAGAGUCAGUCACAAACAUCGAGGCAAAAAAUUGCCAAUUUAAAAGGCAAAGUUAAAAAUACAACCCCUGAGGCAUUUAAGUUCUUUAUGGAGCAGCAUGUUGAAAAUGUCAUGAAGUCUAGAGAACAACGAGAGAAGAGGAGGGAACAGCUAGAGAAGGAGAUGCGUAAAGUUGGAUUAUCAGAGGAAGCACAGUCACAGAUGAGACAACUACUAAAACAGAAGGAAACCAAUUACAUUCGCUUGAAGAGAACUAAAAUGGAUAUAUCAAUGUUUGAGAAAAUCAGAACUAUUGGUAUUGGAGCAUUUGGCGAGGUGUGGCUUGUGCGUAAGACUGAUACUAGUAUGUUGUAUGCGAUGAAGAUUCUACGAAAGUCUGAAGUGUUCCGUAGGAACCAGGCUGCCCAUGUGAAGGCAGAGAGGGACAUUCUUGCUGAGGCAGAUAAUGAAUGGGUUGUUAAACUCUACUACUCCUUUCAGGAUCAAGAAAACCUUUACUUUGUUAUGGACUAUGUUCCAGGUGGUGAUCUCAUGAGUUUGCUGAUAAAAUUUGGGAUCUUUCCAGAAGACUAUGCAAAGUUCUACAUUGCUGAGCUUGUGUUAGCUAUUGAUUCUGUUCAUCGAAUGGGCUUUGUCCAUCGGGACAUCAAGCCUGAUAACAUCUUGAUUGACAAGGACGGACACAUUAAGUUGACAGAUUUCGGUCUUUGCACAGGCUUCCGAUGGACCCAUGAUUCUAAGUACUAUGAGAAGGGACAGCACAUGCGACAGGAUAGUAUGGAACCUGAUGAGCGAGCAUGGGAAGAAAUGCGAGCUACAUGCCACUGCGGCGAUAUCUCAAUUGACAAACCCUACAGCGAAAUGAAGCCACUGGAGCGUCGCCAUUUCAGGAAGCAUAUGCGCUGUCAAGCACAUUCCCUUGUUGGGACCCCCAAUUACAUCGCACCUGAAGUCCUACUGAGGAUAGGGUACAGACAGAGCUGUGACUGGUGGUCUGUUGGCGUUAUACUUUACGAGAUGCUUGUUGGUCAGCCGCCUUUUCUGGCACCCACACCUGCAGAAACUCAGCUAAAGAUAAUCAACUGGGAGACCGAGCUUCGGAUUCCUCACCAAGCUCGACUAUCCCGUGAAGCAAAAGACCUUAUUCUUCGACUGUGUACAAAUGCAGACAUGAGACUUGGGUCCAACGGAGCCAGUGAGAUCAAGGCGCACCCAUUCUUUGCAUGUGUUGACUGGGCAUACCUGGCAAAGCGUGUACAAGCGCCGUACACCCCAGUCAUCCGGUUCCCCACUGAUACUGCAAACUUUGACCCUGUGGAUCCUGAGAGACUGCGUACGAGUGACAGCGGUGAGGACAGUCCAGACAGACUAGUGCCAGACAGGAGCAACCAUCGUCCAGAACAUGCAUUCUUCGAGUUUACCUUCCGUCGCUUCUUUAAUGAUGGGGAACCGCAGCCGGCACCUACCUGGGACCCCUCAGAGGAUGAUACAGGAAAGGGGCCGGUUUAUGUAUAGGAAUAUAGGCCCACUCAUCUGGGACCCCUUAAAGGAUGAUACAUGGAAAAGGUCAUUCAGAAAAAUCGUUUAAUUAAUUUUUUUCGCAUGACACCUUUAAGGUGAAAUUUGAAAAUAAUUUUGUAGAACUUUAGUCUACAUGUGCCAAGGGCAGCUAUGUCCGUAAACUUCCUUUCUAUGCCAAUUUUUAACGGCGUUUGCAUGCAUUGUAGUACUGUGCAUCUCUGCGUGUUAUAUUUUUACCAAAAUUAUGCAGAUGCACAAGUAGUAGAAAUCUAACUAUUAGAUGGUUCACCGUCAUGAUAAAAACAUCACCAAAUGGAAAGGACAUCUUUUUAAUAUUUCGGAAUCGUUUAAGAUAGCAUGAAAACGUUGCUUUAUCUUUGAAUUUGUUUUCGAAUUUAUCGCCUGCUCCUGUUCAAAUGUUCUCACGUCGUUAUACCCAUAAAAGGGAAUACAUAUUAACAGAAUUUUCCAGAAGUGUCACCCUUCGUUGACUGUACAAAAUUAUAUAAAUAAUAUUUUCAUAGAUGAUUUUAUAGAUAAUACAAUGCACAAAUAUAUUUUAUUGCCUUCAAAUGUAUGUGUAUUUCAUUUUGUAAUUUAUCUCUUGUUGUUUAUUGUAGUGGUUGUAUUUCUAGUGCAAGUGUUGUGAAAAUGGAAUAUUGGCCAAUAUUAAAAAGAAGAAAUGGUUGAAUACCUUA